CAUGGCCACCUGCCUGCAGCUCUCCAGCGGGGCCGGCAUGCCCGCCGUGGGGCUGGGCACAUGGAAGUCUGCAGCUGGGCAAGCAAAAGCUGCGGUGAUGGCUGCCAUCGAUGCCGGGUACCGCCACUUCGACUGUGCCUACGUGUACCAGAAUGAGAAUGAAAUUGGGGAAGGGAUCCAGCAGAAAAUCAAGGAAGGUGUUGUGAAAAGAGAAGACCUCUUCAUAGUCAGCAAGCUGUGGUCCACUUUUCAUGAGAAGCCUCUGGUAAAGGGAGCCUGCCAGAAGACUCUUGCUGACCUGAAAUUGCAUUACCUGGAUCUCUACCUCAUGCACUGGCCUCUGGGGUUCAAGGCAGGAGAGGAGCUGUUUCCUGCAGAUGACAAAGGCAUGGCUAUUCCAAGCAACACAGAUUUUCUAGAUACAUGGGAGGCCAUGGAAGAGCUGGUGGAUGCUGGUCUGGUAAAAGCCAUUGGUGUCUCCAACUUCAACCAUGAGCAGAUUGAAAGAAUCUUGAACAAGCCAGGACUGAAGCACAAGCCUGCAAAUGUCCAGAUCGAAUGCAAUCCAUACCUUACCCAGGAGAAGCUGGUGAACUAUUGCCAAUCCCAAGGGAUUGCUGUGACAGCCUAUAGCCCCCUUGGCUCUCCUGACAGACCAUGGGCUAAGCCAGAGGAUCCUUCCCUUCUGGAUGACCCCAAGAUCAAGGAAAUUGCAGCCAAGCACAACAAAUCCACAGCCCAGGUUCUCCUUCGCUUCCAGAUCCAGAGAAAUGUGAUUGUGAUUCCCAAAUCUGUCACCCCACAGCGCAUUGUGGAGAACUUCCAGGUGUUUGACUUCAAAUUGACUGAAGAGGAGAUGGCAACUAUUUUCAGCUUUAAUAGAAACUGGAGAGUCUAUACAAUGAGCAUGGGCAAAACUCACAAGGACUACCCCUUCAAUGCAGAAUAUUGAAGAUAUUAAUAUCCUGCCCUCAUUCAGAGC